UCUCCUUGGUAGGACUACAUAAAGGAAUGUGGGGUCAUCACACCAUGAUGUAAGAAAGGACAUCAUCUUCCCAUGAGUGUUUCUGGGGACAGGAACGCCAACAGAGAAAAAAACCUUUUCAACAUGAAAACACAUUUCAACAUGGCUACAUCAAGCGUCUCAACUAUUCAACAGUGUCCCACACCAGACAAAAUCAAGGUUGAGGACGUCCCACUUGACUCUUCCACAGCCCCAGACCACGGUGCCACAGAGGUGAACAUAAAGGCCGAACCGCUCAAAGACGAAAAUGAAGAUGACUGGAACUCAUUCAUGUACCGGUACUCAACCUUUUCAAGGAACACAGAAGACAAAUUGGUUCAUGUGAAGAGUGAGGCUUUGAAUUUAAAACACGAGUCUGACAGUUUUGUGAGUGACCAGGCACCCACACACUCAGUGAGCACCACAGAUCAGUAUGUCCAGACAAAUAGCCAAGACGUGAAAUUGGAUCAUGUUGAAAAUGAUUCUGAGCAGGAUCCCACCCAAACAGAUGAAGAAAGUAUGGACUCUGCACAGGAGCCUUACCCAUCACCCAGAAAAGGGGGUAAAUCAAAGCCAAAGAAACAUUUUGAAUGUGAAUAUUGUGGACGCACAUUUAGCCGAAAAGAUAGUUUUACUGUUCACAUGUAUAUCCACACUGGUAAGAACCCAUACAGUUGUUCAGUAUGUCAGAAGACCUUCUCACGUGCUGACAGUUUAACUGUGCACAUGCGGUAUCACACCGGAGAGAGGCCUUUUAAAUGUGAUGAAUGUGGCAAAGGCUUUGUCACUAUGGGAUACCUUCGAGAGCAUGAGUUCACGCACACAGGGACCAAACCCUACGCUUGUAAACACUGUGAUAAGAGCUUUGCACACAGCAAUGAUCUUGUCAGACACACCAGGCACCAUACUGGGGACAGGCCGUACCCCUGUCCAAAAUGUGACAUGGCCUUCAGGCGUCUUGAGACUCGGCAGAAACAUAUUUCCCGAAAACAUGAACGCAAAUGAAGAGUUCAGAUGCAAAACCCCCUAAGUGCCUUUCCAGAAACAUUUCAUAAUUCAUUUGUAUUUAAUACUAAUCUGUCAAAAUUGCAUAUUUUUUAUUUUAUUUAUGUAAUUUAAAUAUUUAUGAUGUAUUAUCAAGUACUUGAAUUUAAACAAAACCAACAAAGGGGUUCCCUAAAAAUAUAAAAGUGCAGGUCUUCGGAAUUGGAGUUAGGGGGUUUUGCAUAUGAACUCUUCAAAUAUUUUUAAUUCUCCUGCUCCAUCUGUGGAAUGGUCUGCAAAUCUGAAGGAACUUUAUCGAGGCAUGUCAGAAUGACCUGUGGUAAGAAGAUGCACUAGCCUGCCUGGUAGGUGCAGUAAUGUUGAAGGUAUGGUUUUUAUUUUUUGCUGUCUUGACCACAGUGAGACUGUAAUCUGCAACCUGUCAAAUUGGAAACCUUUUGUUCUUCCUUUAUGUUGCACCAGGGAUGUGCAAACAACCCCAGGUGAAACAACCCCAGUUCUUAGUUGAAUUUUGUUGAUCUUGUCUGUUGUAAUUAUUCGUCAUCAUUAUUGUACACUGGUACAUUAGCUGCCAAAAUCGUACAUUUGUGCAUUUCUUUUAUUUUUUUAUUGCAUUAAAUUCAUUCAGUUUGUGUCAUAUUGUAAAUAAACGCUGACUUUGAGUUUGAA